AUGGAAGAAACUUUCAAUAAUAUAUAUUUCAAAGGACAAAGCUAUUAAACAAAUAGCUAAAUGUUAGAUCAAGCAAAUCAAUCAACUAUUUCAAAUCACAUGAACAAUUUUAUGAAUCUCUAUUUACAGGUAUUAUAUAUUAUAUUUAUAAAGAAAGUUCAUUUGUAAAUGUAGUUAUAUAAAUGUGAUACUGAGGAAUAAUGUCAUUAUUAUAUUGAAUAGUUAGAUAGAUAUUUGCAAUAGUUUUGUGCUGCUGGAAAAGAAUUUAAUAAUUAUAAGAAAUUCUCUAUAAAUUUUAAUUGGUCUGAAUAUCAUAAAUAGAAUUUCAUUACAAGAAUUCUUUAUGAUUCCAAAAUAUAUGACACAAUAAUGAAGAUCAAAUCUAAUUAUGAAAGCGAAAGAAUUGAAAAAUUAGUUAGUUUGAUCAAAUAAAAGUAAAAUAACAAACUCAAACAAAUAGUAAAAACAAUUAGAUAAUAGAAUACUGUAGCGAUCAUCUACAUUAAGAGGAACCUAUCUAGAUAAAAACUCAUUCUGAUUUAAUGAGAUACUGGUUACAAUAUAGCUACUGUGAAGACAUAGGGAUUGAUGAAAUUAUGGAUUUUGAAAGAAGACUAGAAAAAGCUAUAACUGGAUUACCUGAUACAGAAAAACAGAAUCCCAAACUUCCAUUAAAUUGGGAAAAAUAAAUACUUUUAAAAAAGAAAUGA